AGGCGGAGGUGAGCCAUGGUCUUGGAGAGUAGAUUAGCAGAACUACUGCAAGGUCAGGCCAAAAAGUUCAUCAAUGGUUUCAACGCGGAGCAUCUGAAUUUAGGACUUUUGAGUGGUUUCCUGGAACUCAGAAAUUUGGCCUUGAAUCCCGAGCCCUUGGAUGAACUGUUCCUGGGCAGCGACCUUCCCUUUGUGGUCAAGGCCGGGACGCUCUCAUCGGCGAUGCUUCAACUGUCGCUAAUGCAAGGUGAGUUGGAAAUCUUGAUCGAUGGGUUGACCCUGGUAGUGGCACCUGCAUGCAAAUGGUUGACACGAGAAGAGGUCUACCAACAUCGCACCAAUGAGAUGGAACGAUUAGAGUUUGUCCACAUGCGCAGUCAAUCGCAAAGAAGAAGCCUGGAGCGAGAGAUGUUCCGCAAGCUCUUCUCGGACUACCUGUCCAGGAUCAAGAUCACGGUGAAGAACGUCCACACUCGUUUUGAGGUGGAAGAUGAGCUUAGCUCCUUCGGCGCAGGACCUCCUUUGGCUCUGGGUUUGGUCAUCAAUUCCUGCGAUGUCACGCCGGUGGCAACGAGAUCAACGAGCCCCGGCGCGCCCGACGGGGUCGCCAGGGGCGAGGCGGAGCUCCUACUGGCGGAACGAGUGCAGUUGAAAGGCUUGCUGCUGUAUCAAGAAGGUGGUGCGAAGACUUUGGUGCCCUGGAACUUGUACCAGUCGACUCGUGGAUGUGAAUUGGGCAUCUUCCAGAAAUUGUCCCAGGAGCAGUUCAUCCAUAUGAUGGAUCGCACCAGACAAGCACAUCUUGCGGCAGCCAGUCAGCUGUUGCCUUCCACGGAUGUGUCCAUCAAGGUAGAUCUCAAGUCGCAAUCGCUCUUCACCGAUUGUCACGUGGAGAAUUGCUUGACUUUGGAGGUCGUGAUUUGCCUCCAGAAUCCAUCGCGCUUGCGCGUGACCGCUGGCAUUGUUGAAGGCAUGCGAUGGUUGGUGCGCCGGGCGUUGGAUUUUCAGAUGUGGCCCUUUCUGCACGCCUUGCAUGGCAAACCUGCUAACGGCAUUGGACGCUGGCACGUCCUGAGGAGUUUCAUCCACCUGAAACGGCGGAUCCAGGGGAACGCCUAUAAUCUCCAUGAUGCGAUCCGCAUGCGAAUGAACUGCAAGGAAUACAUCCGUCUCUACAAGAAGAAGUUCAACGGCCCCCAGAGCAGCUUCCACUGGCGCCGCUCGCUGCCGCCUCUCACUGCCGAGGACGCCACAAGAUUGGGCCUCAUUGAGUUGUCAUAUCCCGCGGACAAGCUGGUGAAUUUCAGGAUGAUGGCGCAAACCGAGAUGAAAACAGAAACCUCCAUCAACUCCUUCGCGGAAGAAGGUGCCCUGGGCGACGUGAAACGAAGCCCCAGGUCGCAAGUCUGGCAGGUGCGCGAAUUAACGCCCAUGGAACAGCUUCACCUCCACGGGCAGCAUGGCUUCGGGGCCAACAUUUUUCGUGGAUUACCUCCACCACCUUCGAAUCUGAAGGUUCGCAUUGACAUCGUGGCACCAUUGGGUCUGUGGUGGGUUUGCAAGUUAGGCAAAGUUGCUGACGAGAGCAGCUGGACAGUUGCCCUGGACGCGGGACGGCAGCCGGUGCGCUUGCUGCUGGUGGAUAGCAUCUCUGAUAACAGCGUCUUUGGCACCCUGGAAGUGCCACGCACUUUUUCAACAACGAGUCGCCCUGUGGCUGUGCUACUGGCGCGGAGCGAGGUGGUGGACCGGUGGACCGCGCACUGUGGCGUUGAAGGGGGAAAAACCAUGGAUAGUGAUGGUGAUGCAAGGGGAUUUUGA